UGAGCGCAAGUCGUACCUCUCCCUUCUCCAUUCGGCGGCCGAUCAGUACGGACGUGAGAGUGUUGUUAGCUCGUGUAGUGUAUUUAAUUACUACGUUAAAACGCGAUUUAUAAUUGUGUUUUAAGUGUUUCAUAAAAAUAAUAAAAAUAAAAUAUAAUAAACUAUGGCCGAUCAGGAGAAUAAGGACUUCAGCGAAGAUAUUGCCGAUCAAAACUUCGAGCAGAACGGCGAAGCAGAGAACGGCGGCGGGGACGCCGCAGAAAAUGGCCAAGAAUCGCAAGAGGAAAGGUCAACCGGGGGUAAUCAGGAUUCUUUAAAUGAUAGGAAAUUAUUUGUGGGUGGAUUAAGCUGGGAAACUACAGACAAGGAAUUAAGGGAUCACUUUGGUACAUAUGGUGAUAUUGAAAGCAUUAAUGUCAAAACAGAUCCUAAUACGGGACGAUCGCGGGGAUUCGCUUUUAUUGUUUUUGCGAAAGCUGAAUCGUUAGAUAAGAUUAUGGCAGCUGGUGACCACGUAAUUAAUAAUAAGAAAGUCGAUCCUAAGAAAGCAAAGGCUAGACAUGGUAAAAUUUUUGUUGGUGGUCUUUCGACGGAAUUGUCGGAUGAUGAUAUCAAAAAUUUCUUUUCUCAAUUUGGAACAAUUGUCGAAGUGGAAAUGCCAUUUGACAAGACAAAGAACCAAAGGAAAGGAUUUUGCUUCAUUACUUUUGAAUCUGAACAAGUAGUAAAUGAAUUAUUGAAAACACCUAAGCAGACAAUCAAUGGUAAAGAAGUUGAUGUGAAAAAAGCAACACCAAAACCUGAUGGCAUGGGAGGUAUGCGUGGCGGUGCUGGUGGUCGAGGCGGCCGUGGCGGAAGAGGAGGUAGAGGACGUGGUUUUGGUGGUCAAGGUGGUUGGGGCCAAGGUGGAUACGGAGGAGGUUAUGGCGGCGGUUACGGACAAGGCGGUUAUGGCGGUGGCUAUGAUGGAUACGGAGGAGGCUACGAUUAUUACGGCGGUGGGUACGGCGGCUAUGGUGGUUACGACUACAGUGGAUACGACGGCUAUGGCUAUGGCGGUGGUAGUUACGAUGGUGGCUACAGUGGUGGGCGCGGUGGUGCACGCGGUAAAGGAGGCUCAGGCUACGGCGGAAAGCAGAGGGGAGGUGGUCGUCAGAACCAAAGGCACCAACCCUAUUAAUGGAAAUCAUUCAUUGCGACCGCAAUGCAAUUCGCAUUGUAACCGCUGGUUUCCUAUCUCAUCACUCGUUAAAUCAUCAUUCCAUUAAACCACGUCACUUUCAGCAAGAUUUUCAACAACGCAGACUACUGCCGCAAAAUAAAAUGAAUCAUCAGGAGUCACGACAAAAACUGUAAUAGCUUCAUAUUUUGCGUCUAGCAAUACAUCUGUAUUAUGGAGACAACAAAAGCAAACAUAUAUACAUAUAUAUAUUAUAUAUAUAUAGGUACACAAUGCUUUCUUCCAUCUCUCGUUUACCCUUUUGUACAAAGUGAAAAAUACUUCAUAUUUCACAUUGGUCUCUUUCCUCAUUUCAUCUUAUUUAUCACUAAUUUUUUACUGUUAGUACGUUACGUUGUUCAACGUAAGGCAAUUUUGUAACAUAGUACGUUUGAAAAAUAUUAACAUUAUAUGCUGAUAUAAAUAUAAAUACAGCAUAAUGAUUAUUUCAAAUGUAUGGAUGAUUACAUCGAUGAUAUGCCUUACGAUGAGAUAUUGUAACGUAAUAUUUUUGUGCAAAUGGGAAAGCAAAAGAUGAUAGGAAAUAAUUUAAAUACAGAUAUAUUAGGAACAAUCAAGUUUCUCAUUCAUCGCUUGGGACUAUUAAAAAAUAACCUGUCCCUAUUUUUAACAUUAAGAUUAUUUUAAUUUGUCUAUAAACUAAACUUAAUAAGAGGAGAUCCACUAUAGAAGAGUAAGCAGGCAAUGUACUUUUUACACGGCUACGAUAAGACAAAAAUGAAAAGUACCGAGUUGUUUAUAAUGAUUGUGUGAGGUAUGAAAUAAGAGGUAAAAAGAUUAUUGCUUCCUUAUUGGUAAGAAGAAUAGGAUAAAAUAAAUUCAUUUUGUGUACAUAAUAUAUACCGCGUAUGUUUGUAUUUGUGUUAACCGAUCCUAAUAAUUUAAUUUUUGGAAAAUGAUAUGUACACAAUAUUUCAUUAAAAUAUAGUGAUAAACAUCUAUACAUUAGAUUUAAAUAAGACUGACACGAGGAUUUAGUGAAUUUGUAUUACAAACAAUAUUUUGCUGAUUCUACCACAGUACAUGCAUCGAGCUAGGUAUUCUUUCAGUUUUUAUUCUACACUCAAGAACAACACAUGUACAUUAUAUUUAUAUAUCGAUAGUUUCAUUCUAGGCAAAGAACAUCGUAAUAAGAUUUUUAAACUAAAAGAAAAUAUUGUAUUUUUCUCAAAUUCAACACUGUUCUAUGUCACAAAAGUAUUACAUUAAAAAAAUUAGACAAAAA